AUGGACACCCGUGGCAAUUUAGGGGGAAGAUCUUAUAUAAGAUUAAAGACUGGAGGGUGGAAAGCUGCUUCUCUCAUCAUUGGUUAUGAAUUCUGUGAAAGAAUGGCUUUUGCUGGAAUUUGGUCAAAUUUAGUGGUCUAUCUGACCACUAAGCUGCAUGAAGGCACCGUCUCCUCCUCAACAAAUGCCAGCAAUUGGAUUGGCACUUCAUUUCUUACACCUUUGCUUGGUGCAUACAUUGCGGAUACAUAUUUUGGGCAUUUCUUUACAUUCCUUAUAUUUUCAUGUAUAUAUAGCCUGGGAAUGGUGUUCCUUACUCUAGUCAUUUUGUUGAAACCUUGGAGACCACCUGAUUGCCCAACAAAUGAAGGCUGCCAAAAGGUUUCGUCUCUAACGUAUGGGACAUUUUACAUCGCCUUGUACUUUGUUGCCUUAGGAUCGGGAGGAGCCAGGACAACAAUCUCUGCUUUCGGAUCAGAUCAGUUUGGGGAUUCUGACCCCGAGGAAAGCCAGCAGAAGAUCACCUUUUUCAACUGGUGGGUUUUUAUAGUUUUCUUUGGGGGCUUGAUUGGUCAAACAUUUGUUGUUUAUGUUGAAGACCAAAUCAGUUGGGGAAUUGGCUUUGGAAUCAUUACCCUAGCACUUGUUCCUUCAGAUCCAUCAUUUCUUCAUGAAGUGGAUUCAAGAGAAUAUGUUGCUCAAUACCGACAACUCAUUUCCCAUACUUCGCAUCUCAGACUUCUAGACAAAGCAGCAGUUCAAAAUGGGGCAACCUCAAAUCCCUGCACUGUGACAGACGUGGAGGAAACAAAGAUUGUAGUACAAAUCCUAAAACUUUGGGUGACAGCCAUCUUCCCCAGUACCUUGCAAAUUCAAUCAGGCACGCUCUUCCUGAGGCAGGCCAUGACUCUUGAGACGAAAAUGGGUUUUAACUUCCAAUUCCCACAGGCCAGUAUUGGAGCUUUUGUUCCCAUAGCAAUGCUACUAUCUCUCUUGGUAUACAAUCAUCUACUAGUUCCCAUACUGAGAAGAUUCACAGGAAAUCAGCAAGGCAUAACUAUAGUACAGAGGAUGGGUGCUGGUAUGCUAAUCCAUACUCUUGCAAUGUUAACAGCAAUGGUAACUGAAAUUGAACGCCUAAAUGCAGUUAAGAAGCAUGGCGUCGCAGAUAAUAUGCAUGCAAUUGUGCCUCGAAACAUAUUCACAUUACUUCCACAGUUUAUGUUAAUGGGCAUAGCAGCAGCCUUUUUACAAGUAGGGAAACUAGAAUUCUUUUAUGAUGAAGCUCCAGAAAGUAUCCAAAGUUUGGGAAGUGCAUUGUAUGCAGCUUCCUUGGGAGUAGGCGCCUUCAUCAAUAGUAUUCUUCUCAAAGUUGUUAGCAGCAUUACAGGGCGAGUGGCCCAUGAAAGCUGGAUACUCGAUAACGUGAAUGCAUCACGUUUGGACUUAUAUUACGCCCUCUUAGCCUUUCUUAAUUCCUUGAACUACAUUUUCUUCUGUAUCAUGUCUCACUUGUAUAGAUUAAAAAGGAAAGAAACGGAACCUUCUGUGAAUGUUUCAAUGAAUGUAGAAAACUUAGGGAAUGACAUCAAUACGGACGACGGAAUUCAAAGGGGUCUAUAG